UUGAGGAAACCAAAUUUUCUUCUUUGCCGUAAUUGGAGUGCGAAAAAUGAAGACGAAUCUGAGUUUUGACUCGAAAAAGAAAGUGACCAAAAUUUGAGCCAGAAUUGACAAAACUAAUAGAAAAGUUCUUUAUUUAUUAAACACUGCAACUUGAUAAAAAUCUAACACCAAUAUCAUAUGGGGAAGUUACAUAUGAUUUCUUUAUUUUAACUUAGAUGGAUGUACAAUCACAGUACAACUGUACAAGUGUGUAACGUUUCCCCCUUUUUUGUAUUUCUCAACUGGGCUUCAAAAUAACGUUUACACUUGGAAAAAUACGUGGAAAAACGUCUCAACAGAACAGCUCAAAUGUCACGUCGACCUGUCUCUGUCCAUGGAAUGCCGUCCUCAGUGCGGGCUGGGGACUUUAGCGCCUCCUUCCAUGAGGACACAAUCCACUCCAGUCCCCUCCAGUCCCCUACAGUCCCCUCCACCCGCUCAUCCUCCUCCGCAUCCUCUUCAUCCUCCGUAGGAUUCCACCCUCAUCGCACCACAUCCAUGGAUUCUCUGCCAACCUCGGCGAUGGUUGAAAAAGUCGAGCAUAUCCCGACGCGCACGGUGGGGGCGGCGCCCCGACCCAACGCUAAGGCCAUGAUGUUUGUAAAGACGGGUCCCGCUCAGCUGUACCUCUCAGCGACCGAGCAGAUGAAGAAGGCUCAAACAAUCAAGGAAAUGCGCCGGCAGGUCGUCAAGGAGGACGACGAACCUGACUGGCAGCAGUCGUCAGCGGCCGCUGACCCUCAGGAUGACUGGAGAGCGAAUUUGGACAAAUGGAAGAUGACGCGGCGUAAAAUCAACGAAGAUGCCCUGGAACGCGUCAUUGAAGUCAAGAAGUUCGAGAACGAAAUGAGUCAAACGCGCCGGAAGAGUAAAACUUUCAGCGAAAUGAGGGAAGAAACCGGUAAACGAGGACUUCGUCGCAACCUAAUCGUCCAUGACGACCAAGAAGCGGACGACAUCUCAAGUUUACUGAACUGCGACUCGGGGGCGGCGGCCCCCAAACCUGAUGACUCAUUUAACAGCGACUACAAAACCAAUGAAAACGAAGAUCUAAACGAAAACAAUUCCAUUACAAACUCCGAGUUCAAGAGCUCAAACUUCAGCACUACGUCGUCUUCAAGUAUUAAAAGUACGACGAGAGAAGUAGUAGUUAAAGAAUUACUUGACCAAGAUAACAAAGAUGCCAAAAGCGAUGCCGGGUUCUGCACAGGCUCGGACACCGGCAGUGAUGGACAGUUCCAUGAAGAUAACAUCAGUGAUACUUCUUCUGCACUAGGCGACAAGAAAGAGACUCAUGACUCACUUUUGGACGCCGGGAUGCAGCUGAAGGAUGAGGAAGCCAUGAGCUGUUCAUCCAUGUCAUCCAGCAAGCAAGAGACCAUGGAAUAUACGUACGAUAAAGCCAUCGAAGGAUACAAACAAUUUGCACAAACUUCCGCCAAAAAACGAACUGCCAGUCUCAGUAACCUGGCAUCCUUUGACAAAAUUAAAACCGAAAACGUUGCUCCGACCGGAAAUAUCAGCAAUAAAUUGAACUUUUUCGUCAAAGAAAUGGGUAAAGAGUUCGUUAAACCAUCAUCCGAGAAAGUUGUUAUCAUGCGAGAGAAAAACGCAAAAGUUGACAUUACGAAACGAAGAACCAUGUUUGAAAUGAGUCAGUCUUCAUCAACUAUUAACAUGACUGGUAAUGAUUCAUCGAAACUUGAUCGCCGACGAUCGACGGACAUGACAGCGUCAACUGGCAACCUCAGGAGCAAAGUUGCGUCCUUCGAAGGAUUCGAAUCUCCUCAAGAAAAAAGCAAGACAGAUGCAACUAUGAAAAAUUCCACGGUGAAGAAACAACUUGCAAAUUUCUCAUCUUUGAGUACCGAAGUUAUCACGGCUUCGAAAAAACGGACCCCUGAAAAAGAUAAAAAUUUCUUACAGAAACUCGCCUCGUUUUCGAACAAAGAAAGCGGCGAACAAACUUGGCGCUCAGAAAGUUAUGAUUCGCCUCCGAAAGUUUCAAAUACUCUUAAGUCUAAGAUCGCUUCGUUCGAACAAUUGGAUCAACGAGAACAAUCAUCAAACUUCCGUCAUGACGAAACCCAGAGAUCAGAAGAGCGAUCGGUCAGCACGGAGAGGCUAUCCUGGACCUCUGUUAAAAAGCUCGAGGUAAAGGUUUCACCUAUAAUAAAUAAUGAAACUACCCUACGAAAUAAGUCGAAACUGACGGAAAAUGCUCGUAAAGCACCGUCGGUUUCGCGGGUCACUCCUUUCAUUGAGGUGUCACUGGGAGACGAAAAAUUUGUUGACCCUAAACGUUCGUCGCAUAAUGAUCCUCAAAAACGUUUCACCGUUUACGAAACCAUCGAGUCUGUGCAAAUGACCGAUGUACAUGGCGACUCUGCUCCCAUGUAUUCUAUAUUCAAAGACGGGACUGAAGCAUUUCAGGAUGAGUCUCGGGUUAGCAAGUCACCUUUGGCCUCUCGCGCCGAAGAGGCCAAGCAGGAAUCGACUUUUGGGCCUCGCAUUUCAUCCAGCGCCUCUGCCAGCGUGGCUGACUCCGCUGACUGUCCUCCCCUGAACCUCAAAGGGGAUUUGUCAGCCACUGAGGCCCCAAUCAGCACAUCCUCUCCUCGGACCGCUGACGAAAAAUCCGCUUACAUCCGCGGUUGCGGAUUAGCUGACGAACAGCAACCGAUUUAUGACGAUGUGUUGAACACUGAACAGCCGUUGAACACUGAAAAGCCGAACACUGAACAGCUGAUGAACACUGAAAAGCCGAACACUGAAAAGUUAAUGUACGCUGAACAGUUAAUUAACACCGAAAAGCCGAACACCGAACAGCCAACGAACACUGAACAACCGAACACGCAGAAAACUACGGACGGUGCCGCCCGUCAUCACACCUACUCAGAUGAUGACAUCAACGAGGCUAUCAGCGAGACUGAGACUGUUGCUCACAGCGUCAGUAGCUACGGCAAGAGCCUAAGCACGCAAGUCCCCCCCAAGCGGCAGCUCCCCACCAUCCCCCCCACUCCCUACAAGCCCCUCACCUCCCCCUCCUUCUCCUCCGUACCUGCGCCCCGCCCCGUUGUGUUUGAGAACUGGUCCACAAGUGGGGGACCUAUCGCUCCCCCCUCAGAGCCUCCCCCACCACCUCCCCCCGAGGAAGAUGACUCAGAUUGUGACCAAGAAGUGAGUCACCCGACGGGUGAUCGCUGGAGCACCGACGGGGUAUCCUUCGAGCAUCCUUCCAUCUGCUCCCCCACUCCCUCAGACACUCCCUCACUUGUGCACUCCGAGGCGAGCUCGAAGACCUCCUCGAGCACCAGAGAGGAGCUCAGGCGUCGGCGCUCAAACUUCCUUGGCACCUCGCAAUCGGACACGGGCGCUUGUGAGGCGGAGAGUUCGCUCCUGCAGCAGCAGCAGCAGGAGGCAGACCGUAAACUGCAGGAGGCGCGACGCUCCCUGCAGCAGCCAACUGCUCAGAUUCUGAACGACAUCGACCAGUCCCGCAACGCGCGUGACGUCACGAGGCACCGCUACACGUGGGAGGACAGAGUGAGAGCGGACACGUCCGCCCGCCCCGACAACCUCAACGACACUGACGACGGAUACAACUAUCACAGCAAACUGCAAGAACUUGAGGUUGAAAUGCUGCGCCAUGACAGAACUGUGAUCAACCGCACUAUCUCUCAACAACAACAACAGUUGUCGAGUGGACUUGAUAUAUACGACGAUGUCGUACCAGAUGUUCCUAAAAGCGACAGUCUUGCGACAGCUUCCAGCCAAAAUCCCCAAAAUGUUCGCGCACAGAACGGGAUUUCGUAUGCGCAAAAUCCGCAUACGCAAAAGUCUAGCUCUGUCAGCAUCAACAACCGCUCUGACGACCGUCAGCCGAGCAUACCUCGAGCUGACAAUUCCCAGCCUGACAUUAGUACACGACAGCAACGUGCACCUACUGCAUCAAAUCAACCAUCAAACUCAGUUAAUUAUGAGCCGAAAUAUCCAAACAAUAACUAUCAUCAACCACCCGAUACUCGUAGUGGUUCUUAUCAGCAUCAGGAUGAUAUCAGGGAGCAGAAUUCCUACUCAAGCAGCAACUAUGAGCACAAUGAGUCGGAAAAAAUGGUCAGUUACCGGGAACAGAGUUACUCCAUAAACAAAAACUAUGCAUCGGAAAAAAUGUAUCCAGAAGAUAGUGUUCCACCUCCUGAAAAGCCUAUGCGUUCAUACACAACUUGCUAUGAUUCUACCCAGCCUACCCAGCCUAACCCUCCUGAACCUAUGCCCAGGAAAAUCCUGCCUCCGCUGCCCAAAGAAACCGAGGAGCUCGACUACACUGAAGGCCCACAACAACACUUAAGUCGCCAGUCCCGGCAGGCGCUGUCUGCCAUGCCGCGUAACCGCCUCUCCGACGGCGAGAGUUGGAUUAAAAGAAAACCUGAUACCAACCGUGACUAUAGCAAGCACUGGCUUAUACAGGAAGCCGAGCAACGUCGGCUAGAGCAGCAAGAUCAUCGGACAUCCUUACGCCAACAAAAUGCAGCCAACAGCGUCGGUUACCCGCCCAAGAUUGAAAGUCAUUCAACCACCAGCAUCGGUUCAGCAAAUUUUACAUCCCCUUACUUGAACGCAAACGACUCCCAUCUUCCUCGCAGCUCUGACAUCACUCUGAAUAGGGGUUUGGAUCCCAUGAACAGAGCUCCUGAUCCAAUGAAUAGGGCUUUGGAUCCCAUGAAUAGGGCUUUGGAUCCCAUGAAUAGGGUUUUGGAUCCCAUGAAUAGGGCUUUGGAUCCUAUGAAUAGGGCUUUGGAUCCAAUGAAUAAAGGAUUGGAGCCAAUGAUUAGGGCUUCGGAGGCCAUCGGUCGCCUCAAUGACUCCAGGACCUCGGAGCUCUUGCUGGGCGCUGGUGACAGCAAAAUUGCGACCCGGGACCAACAAACGCCCACCAACAGGAACACAAACCCGAAUUCGUGGAUGAAUCAAGCCACCACAUACCAGCCGCUACCCUCCCCCUCUGUUGACUCUACUGCCAGAUCAACAGAGAAACCUCUCCCCGAAUCUAUUAUCAACAGCAUUACUCAGCGUGUCAACAACCGGAGCAGACCAAGCUCUGACAACAACAGUAGUGGAAGGCCGAGCCCCUACACGACGAGUAUCACAGGCAGUAACAGCAACCUCCAUCACGCUGCUUCAGUAUCCAGCAGCGGCCACUCGUACGGCACCACAGAUGAAAACUACCACGACUACAUGAAUGCCGAAGUACUUCACUCCAACUACCAGAACUACCAUCAACCUCAAACUGACGAUCUUACAAUGAACCAACAACUGUACGCGAACUACCCUACUCGACCGCCCUAUACUCGCGAUCACGAUACUCUCAGCAACGGUAACCACCCGCACCGACAACAACAGAAUAUUUACGACAUUUCAACGCCUCCUUCAAUACACCAUCAUAAUUUACACGAGUCUCCUCAAUCUUCUCCCUCAAUCCAGUCUAAUCUCAAUGCAUCACAGACGAUAGACAAUGGAAGUCCAAACACGACCAGCUCCUCCACGGACGACCAACGUCUCUUGAGCGUCUCUGGCAAGAAGAAAUGUUCGCACUGCAGUGAAGAACUUGGUCGAGGAGCCGCCAUGAUAAUUGAAAGUCUGCGUUUGUUUUACCACAUCCCGUGCUUCGUUUGCUGUGUGUGCGGCGUUCAGCUCGGUAAUGGCAAGGCUGGUGCUGAUGUCAGAGUGCGCAAUCACGCUCUGCACUGUCACAACUGCUACUCUAAUGACCAAGGUAUGAAAUUCAGCAAAGUUUGAAUGCUUGACUGACGCUUACCACCGUCUCCGUGCCAAAGCCAGCUAAGAGGACGGCUGCUACAAGACGUAUUCUUGCUUGAAUUAAAUGUAUUAUGUGUUGUCUAUGUUGAGGAGGCCUCAUACUCUCUCAUUAAUGGUGUUUUGAAUUUCACUGUACUUUGCUGUGACCACCGGACUAUGAUUAACACACAAAUAAAUUCGCAAUUGCUAGGUAUUCCACAAAUGUCGGUUACGAAAAACCACCGUCAAUUUUAGUAAAUUUCCUUUCUGAGCAUAAAAGUAACUUGAAUAACGUUGAAUGGAUAAAAAUAUACUUGUUAAGCGCCACUUGCGAAGGUUUCAUGUAAAUUGCCCAAACCUCAAUGUAGAUAAAUAUAUUUACGAUUGUAAAAAUUUUGAAUAGCUUCUAGUGAUGAUUUAGAGCAUCCGCUAUUUUGUAUAACAGCUUACUUAACCGUUGUUCUUCCUUCACUUUCAAAUCUGCGGAUUUUCAAUGCAAUUCAAUUAAAGGAGUGCACAUUUGGGCCGGUAAUCUCCUGGAAAAAAUGUCCCUAUUUCUAUAAUGUGUAAACGAAGAUUUGAAAAUUCUCUCAACUGUAUUAAGUUACUGAGCUUGGAAGUUAGAAUUCAACAGUGAAUUUCUUGAUGAGUUUGUUGGCUAGAAUUCGUGCCCGCCCGUUCACCGCAAAAUUUCGUACGCGUUCCAUUUGCGAUUAUGUAUUUCAUAAAUUUGGUAGCAUGGUAGUAGUUUCUACAAAAAUAUUUACUUUUUUCAGUCAAAAUAGUUUUUUCAAAAAGACAUGUCAUAGUUGGAAGAUUCUUAAUCUGCAAUUUAUGUAGCCUUCUAAUAGGUUUUAAAGGAGCUUUUAGAAAUUAAAUUAAUGUAGCCUGGAUUUGGUGGUAAAGUUUUUUUUACU